AUGGCGACUCCUCUAGGAACGCAGAUGAUGGCACCAGUCGGAAUGCACUCUUACCAUUCACUCUUCGUGGUCAGCUCAGAAGUUCCCCGUCAUGUCUUCACCUACCGGUGGUGGGAAGACGAAGCUACAACCGUGCUGUGGGCCUUCAACAUUCCAGAGAUCUGCAUGGUGAUCCGCUAUGCCCUAUUCCGGGAUGAAAACCUCCCGCGCAGUGCGCUUCUGAGCCGUAACUAUGAAACGGUCGAUUCAUUUUUGGUGGCGUUGUCUGAUAUCAGAGAGCAUCAGUACCUCUCUGCUUUAUCACAUUUGCAGAGGGUGGAGGAGGUUUUGCGCCGGUCGAGAAUACCUGUUGUCAAAUCAAUUGCUUGGAGCUGGUUCCCGCCGAGAGAACCGACUGACCCGAGGAUAAUUGCUAGUGCCAUCGAUAUUGAGAGCCAUUGCCAGUUUAUGAGGAUGGAGUUUGAGGAGAUCGUUCGCGCUGCGCUGGGCUAUCCUGCUCCGUCUGUAGAGUGGUUUCUACAGCAACAUACUUCCCUCUAUGUUCAUCUCUUGGAUCAUCUGAAGGUAUACCCAGAACAAAUCUCGGUUUACCUAGAAGUGGAGAAGUAUUUGCGGGGACGAAGUCCUUUCGCUUACCGUGCUGUGGUGCAAUGUUUGCAUACGCUUCUACCGGAGACAGCAUUCAAUGUUCGCAUACCGAAUACACCCGACUUAGAGUUCAUUGCUGGUCCGAUCCAGAACAUGUUCAAAGAUCAGCCUCCUAAAUUGACGACAAUCCUGAAGAUGUUGUCUGUUUUGUCCGUUCGCUUUCGUGCACAAUACAGCCAAACCCCGAAAAUGGAUUGGCACACUCCAUUCGACACGACAUGUCUGUUUUUGGAGGACCAUCUGAGUGCGACAUCUCCAAAGGAUCUUGCGCAUACCUUGGCUAUUACCGAUGAAGUAGACUUUUCACGACUUUCACGACAAAACAUUCUCAAUGGCGACGGUAUGGCGAAAGAAUUAAUGGAAAACUGGCACACUAUCAGCAUGUCAGUUUGGGAGUGCUGCUGUGCAUUACCAGACAUGUUCGAGUCUUUACAAGAAUGUGCACAGGCAAGUUCAUCUAAAACAAAACGAAGAGAUGCAGAUCUAACAAAAAGAAUUCAGACACUUUUCAUCAAAAAGGACUACUAUUCUUUAACUGCCAUUCUCGAGGGUUUACAACGAUUCUCCAUCUCUACUGCUCGAUCCCGCGGCUUGAACAGCAACCUUGGGGGUAUGCUCGUUCUAGACGCUCCUAUCCUACCGGAGGCUAUUCAUCUCAUCAACCCGGUCCACAAUUACGCCGCUUAUCAUCAACAUUUCCUCGAGGAUCCGGGUACCCCCUUUUUGUUCGCUCAUUUCCGGGAAUACCAGCAGCACGGUGAGACCGCUAUUCAGCCGCUUUUCGACUAUCUACAGGGCCUAGUUUCAAAAGCAUUGUAA